AGUGGCAGCAUGCAAUGGCUGUGGCGAAUUCGGCUGCAGCCCGCUACGUGGCAGCUUGGCGCACGGUCGUGCCGGCAGAGGGGAAGCAGGUGGACUUCGUGAAGGGCCUGGUGGAGGGGACGUGCCUUCGUGAGGGGGAUGAGGACAGGGUUGACAAGGAUGCCCUCUGCUCAGAGAAUGCGACGUUGGUCGCAGAGAGCUUGAAGGUCGCUGAGGAGCUUGGGACGGUCCCGAACUUGGAUGUGCUGGAGAUGGCCAUCUUUGAGCUCUUCCCACAGGAUCCUUCGAUGGGAAGAGCGCAGGCGGUGGCCUUGAAGAUUGGGCUUCAGCAUGUUGUCCGUCUCAAAAAGAGGGCCCCGACAACAAGAAAGGGGACAUGGCUCGCAGCUUUGAAAGAGUGUGUGGGGCCCAACCUGAUGCAGAAGAAGUUCACUCGGAACAAGCCUGCAGCGGGCGCAGGAGACCACGAUAAUCCAGCGGUGAGCGUGCCACCCCCGAGACAACUUGAAAGAGCGCUGGCGCAACUGCUAUUGGAGCCGCCCUCGGAGCCCUUUGACCACCAACUUCAGUAUCGCAAACGCCUCAAGGCAGCCCUCAAAGAGCAAGGACUUGAUGGUGACCCACUUGCACCAGCUGCGGAUGCUGGCGCGGCUCUUCGCCAAGAUGCGCCGGUGCCGGGUCAGACAGGUGGGCCAGGAGAAGAGCAAAAAGCAGAAGGUGGCCAAGACGUUGGUGGCGCGGCGGGCAAGAUGGUCAGCAAGGACGAGCAGGUUGACGAUGUGGUUGCCGGCAAGGACGAGAAAGGUGGGCAGGUUGCUGUUGUGGUUGCCGGCAAGGGCAAGAAGGUCGGUGAUGCGGUUGCCGGAAAGGGCGAGCAGGUUGGCGAUGCGGCUGCCGGCAACAAGGAGCAGGUGGGUGAUGCAGCUGCUGCUGCCAAGAGCAGGAUCAAGAAGGCCAGUGGUGUCCAUGCCGGCGCCGAGAGCAAGAAAGUCAGCAAGGGCGGGCAGGUUGGUGGUGCAGGCAGCGCACAUGCCAAGGACAAUGAGGAUGAGGACUCGAUCGAAGAGGUUUUCGACAAUGAAGACAAAAAGGAGGAUUUGGUUCCAAACCCAGAGACGAAAAAACCACGCAAGGCUUCUGAAGGUCCGAUGCAGCAAGCCUUCUACGAGUUUGUCAGGAAGGCCGCUGAAUCGGGCGUCAAACGGCCAGUGGCGAUGGCGCUGUGGCGGCAGUCAGCGGUCCGACAGAUCAUUAUGGAGAGCCUGCCGGAGGCUGAGAGGAAGCGCCGACGGUACAUAUAGGUGC